CUUGGAAGCCAAGCGAGGGUGUGCAGACGAGCAAGUUUUCCCCAUCUUGAAACUGACUAGCCAAGAUUGCGAAGAACCCAAGACUCGAUGGGCAGGGGCCGAAACGAAUCUUCCUUGGCCUUGGGCAACCACUUCAUCAAUAUGACAUAAAGGAUAAUACGCUUGCUCGCCUAAGUCUACUUCCAUAGUGACGUGGGGGGAGGGGGGAGAGGAGGAAGAAGACGCCUACAAGACGUUUUCCUCCUCCGCUCCCACCGGGAAAGCCGGGCAGAGAAGGGCUGAAAAGUGGGGCGCCUUUCCCUUUAAGAGGACGAGUUCCCACGAUUUGACGUCAGGGUGUUUCUGCACCACAACCGGGAUCUGAUAACCCGUCGGGGAAGGUGGGGGGGGGGGUGAGAGAGGCAGCAAGGGCGACCGAGCAGAGCCAGGAGAGGGCAAGAAGCAUCCCCGGCCGCCCGCAGCUCUCACGGCCGUUCCUCCUGCCGCAGCAGCAACCAUGUCCGUGGCGGGCUUGAAGAAACAGUUCCACAAAGCGACGCAGAAAGUGAGUGAAAAAGUUGGUGGAGCAGAAGGAACUAAGCUAGAUGAGGACUUCAAAGAAAUGGAAAGGAAAGUGGAUGUCACCAGUAGGGCUAUAAUGGAAAUAAUGGCGAAGACAAUUGAAUAUCUUCAACCCAAUCCAGCCUCCAGAGCCAAACUCAGCAUGCUCAACACCAUGUCUAAAAUUAGAGGCCAAGAAAAAGGACCUGGGUAUCCUCAAGCGGAGGCCCUGCUUGCAGAUGCAAUGCAAAAAUUUGGGAAAGAACUCGGAGAUGAGUGCAAUUUUGGCCCAGCUUUAGGUGAUGUUGGAGAAGCGAUGAGGGACUUGUCUGAGGUGAAAGAUGCUUUGGAUAUUAAUGUGAAGCAGAAUUUCAUUGAUCCAUUGCAAAAUCUCCAUGACAAAGAUCUGCGGGAAAUACAGCACCAUCUUAAAAAAUUGGAGGGCAGACGCCUGGACUUUGAUUACAAGAAGAAAAGGCAAGGCAAGAUCCCCGAUGAAGAACUCCGUCAAGCUCUGGAGAAGUUUGAUGAGUCAAAAGAGAUUGCUGAAUCAAGCAUGUUUAAUCUGCUAGAGAUGGAUGUUGAACAAGUGAGCCAGCUUUGUGCGCUAGUACAAGCCCAGGUGGAGUACCACAGGCAAGCCACAGAGAUCCUGCAACAAGUUAGUCUCAAGCUGGAAGAAAGAAUAAAAGAAACGUCAGUUCAGCCCAGAAGAGAAUAUCAGCCAAAGCCCCGUAUGACCUUGGAAUUAAGUGACAAUAGUCAGCACAAUGGAGGGCUCUCUAAUGCUACUACUCCUAAGCCUUCAGGUGGAGCCGCUAUGGAUCAGCCAUGUUGUCGAGCUCUGUAUGACUUUGACCCUGAAAAUGAAGGGGAACUUGGUUUUAAAGAAGGCGAUGUCAUUACCCUCACUAACCAGAUUGAUGAUAACUGGUACGAAGGGAUGCUUCAUGGGCAGUCCGGCUUCUUCCCCAUCAAUUAUGUGGAAAUUCUUGUUCCUUUGCCUCAUUAGGGUGGCCCGUCCAUCCUGUCGGAAUUACUGUUUCUCCUAAAAAAAAAAAAAAAAAAAAAAGGUAAUUUGUUGGUACCACUGCUUUUGAAAAAUUAAGAAAUCAAUAAAUGAAAUGGCUGCUUAUUCCACAUCGCAAGUACAAACGCAUCGGCCCCAUAGAUAAUAUUUGAUUUUUGUGUCACCCUGCUGCAGAGUGUGAUACUUAAGGCAUUACAGCUGGACAUGGGGAUGUCCAGGUUAUUCCUUUGGUUGCUACAGAGAUGUCUAUGCAGUGUUGGGUUGAGAGAUUGUGGCAAUUAAUGGUGUAACUCAGUUUUAACCUUGUGGAAAGAAAGCAGCUGGGUUAUUGGGGAAGAUAAAGCAUAUCACCAUUCUAUCAUUAUUUUCUUCUCUUUCUACAAAGAAGAGGGAGAAAAAAAUGUCCGUGGACAUUCCAUCUUUCCCUAUCCAAACAGUGUGGUUCAUGCAGGCCUAAGUAUUGCUAGCUGGCUUUUUCGUGUUGUCUUAUCUCAGAAAUGAUUGAGUGCUGGAGAAAUUGCGAAAUGUAUAUUCCAGUUGCUUUACACAUUAGCCACCACUGGCUCUGUACUUGCUAUAUUCCAGGUGUGGCAGAAGAUAUCUAGGAAUCUAUUAGUAGAUUUUUGUGUGGAUGAUUGUGUUGUAAUUCACAAUUGUUUAACACUUGCAACAACAAAAUUCUGCCUAAAAGUUGCUGACAUAAGGAGAAUUGAGGGUACUUAGCUGUCAUUUUAAAGUGGAAGGCUUAGUGUGGUCCUUGUUUUUUUAAAUUCUAAAUGUUAGCUCUUACCUGGCUCUGGUUGGUGAAUUUGGGGUUCUAGUUAAAAUAAUAGUAAUAAUACUAAACUUUUUAGUCUGCCAGCCCCAUUUUAGUUGGUUAAUUCAAGAGCUGUUCAAUAUCCAAGUUACUUAAAGGCUUUUUAAUACCAUCCAAAAGUUAAGGCAGGGAAGAUUAACAUUGGAGGAUAUCCUAUGUGCUUGCUUAGAAAGCUUAAAUAUUAAAAGCAGAAUGCCAGCAGAAGUCAAUCAUACUUGGAGAAAAUAUUUUAAAAACAACAUUCAACUGUUUUACUUUGUGUAAAAUCUAGGCACAAAAAGUAUAAUUUUAAAAUGUCAUGAGCCCUCUAUUCUAUAUAUUUACUAAUAAUAGUAAGAAACGUACUCCAUGUAGUUUUAUUUUCAUUUACCCUGUGUUCUUUGAACAUCAUUUGUGUAUAUUCUGCCCUCAGUGAGGACUAAAUAAUAACAGAUUUUUGUUGUGCUUAAGAAUUACAGUGACACAGUUACAUACACAAACACAUUUCAAUUAUUUUUCUCUCCAUGUUGUCCUCUAUACAAUUUAUGUGCCACUUCCUCCAGUUGGGGUGUGAAAUGUUGUCUAGCUGGUUCAUUGUUAUUUCAUUUGAAUUAUCCAGAAUUCUGUUUCUCUAUAUAAAUCUGUAUAUAAACCUAUCUGUGCUGCUUCAGAUGUGCCACUUCAGUAUUGGACCAUGUGAAAUGAAGACAGUCCUUUUGCUUUUCAUGUAUAAACUAUACCACGAACAGUGUUGUUCUUUCAAAUAAAAAUGCUGAUUGACAAGCCACAA